UUUGACUGAACCAUUUAGCUAACGCGCGUUGAUCUGUUCAAGGUUACGAUCAUAUGGAUAUAAACGGAGGUCUGUUUAACGAAUCAGGAGAAUAUGAACAAACCAUAGAUGAACAAAUCCCAGCAAUAUACACUUCGGAGGAUGAGCGUAUUGGGACACCAGCUGUCUUAUCAGAUACCUCGCGCUCACCCAUUUUUUCCGAUAACCGUCAGCAAGUAGUACAACCGUUAAGAAGUGAUAAUAAACAUGCGGAAAACGAUACAAAUAACUCAUCAGUACCAACAAAGAAAGCUAGAUUAGCAAUUCCUUCGGGUUUAGUUUCCUAUGCCAUCGACGAAGAUGAUGAUGAGCAUACGGUGUUAGAUACAGAUCAGAACACUGAUUCUGAUGGUGAAAAUGAUCCUAAAUCAAAAGGUGAUCAUGGAUUCCAUCUUGGUAGUAUGGAUAUUCCGUUGGAUAAUUCGGGUGGACCCCCAACUAUUUUCAGUUCUGACCAGCCUAUCAACAUCUUGUCCCAAAACCAAGUUCAUAUUUCAGAACCAGUAAAUGAUGUAAAAAAUCCAAACUUAAUCACUAUUGAAGCGAAAGCAGAAAGUCCUACUCUUACAGAACGCCUUAUUCAAGCGGUUCAAUUGCCCUCUGAACCUACUGGUCACUGUUCAAUGGUGCUUCAAGAAAGAGUAGAGCGAGCAGUGCGUCGUAUGCGCUUGGAUAUAAGCUACGAUCCUAACAGAGCAAUUCAAGAUAACAAAGCGUUCCGUAAUCCCAGUAUUUAUGAAAAGCUGAUCGAUUUUUUGAAAAUCGACGAGAAAGGAACUAACUUCUCUACAGAUAUAUACGAUCCCUAUCGUUGGACUCCGCAGUCAUAUUAUGAAGAACUUGCAAAGGUGCAAAAUCGUGAAAUCGACCGACUGAUGAAAAUGCAAAAAGAACUUAAAAAAUCUGACCCAAAUACAACGAAUGCAAACAACAGCACAAGUGCGAAUGCACCUAAAAAUCCAAUUACUAGCACAGACAAACCCAUUACUACAUCUGGAGGGUCCGUUUCUACGGGGUACAUAGAACCAAAAAAACCAAGUAAAUGGGACACAGGUAUUCCUACCAACGUUCAACUCCAUGAUACAUCCUCAGAAUCUGUUAAGUUAUCUGUUCCUCCCGUUGGAAGUUUGAUCAAACGAAAUUAAAACUAAUCCAAGUUACCAGAUAAUGACUUUGAAAUACGCUGCUCUUUUUAUAAUUUUUCGAAAAUAUUUUUCAAGAUGUUAAUACAACAAUAAAAGUGAAAUACUCAA